CCCUGAAGAGCUCCUCCCAUUCCCUUCGCCCUUCGCCUUCCAAACCACUUCCAUACCCUAAUCGUGUCACAAUCUUAUUCAUCUUCUUAAUCUUCAUCUUCGUUUUCAUACUCUUCCUCUCUUUCUUGUUCUUCGUCCAUUCUUUCUGGAUCUCUCUGUUCACCUUCGAAUUCCACAAAUUAAAUGUUGAGCUCUACCAAAUAUGGGCGACGACAAGGUCAAUCUCCUCGAUGAUUUCUUCUCCUCCAAGCUCUCCAAUUCCAAAGGAACUAUCCUCUGUUAAUGGCUAUAUGAAAGGUUUUCCCUGCUCUGGCAGCUGGUUGUGCUGCGAUAUUGAAGCCUUCCGAAUUGGCAUCUGUGACUUGUUUGGAGUUGGCUGACAUAUGCAAAGAAGUGGGCCUUCCUCUGGGUUUACUAAAUAUUCUCUUUAUGUAUAAUAGAUUAGAAAUAAAUCUAGUAACUGAAGAACAAUGAAUAUACGAGAAGCUCGUACACCAUAUGUCUAAGAUGAAGCGCAUUGGAAUUGAUACUGAAGCACUCAAAGAGCACUUUGGGAAGAAAAUUAUGGAGCUUGAGGAGGAAAAAAGAAAAGUAAAACAUAAAAAUGAAAAUAAGGAAUCAAAAUACUGUUUACAGAAAUAUCAAGAUGUUCAUGGCCAAAAAUUGAAAGCACUGGAAGCACAGAUUUUAGACCUCAAGAAGAAACAAGAAAACCAGGUGCAGCUACUAAAGCAAAAGGAGAAGAGCGAAGAAACUGCAAAAAAAUUACAAGAUGAAAUACAGUACAUCAAGGCUCAAAAGGUCCAAUUGCAGCAUAAAAUGAAGCAAGAGGCAGAACAAUUUCGACAAUGGAAGGCUUCUCGAGAAAAGGAGUUACUUCAGCUGAAAAAAUUUGCUUGGAGAGAACUGCAAAUAGCUACAGACAACUUUAGUGAGAGAAAUGUUUUAGGACAGGGAGGCUUUUGGAAGGUUUAUAAAGGUGUUCUACCCGAUGGCACAAACAUUGCUGUUAAAAGGAACUGUCCCACUAUGGUCAAAAGAUCAACAUCAUCCUUAGCAAACUCAGGAAGCAAAUCACUCUCUGCAAUCUACAGAUAGAGGAGGUAGAAUAUAUUUGCAAGCUCAGGAAACUUUUCGAGGUUGCCUAUCGUCUUCGAGGAUGUUGGAUAGAAAAGGAAAAGGAAAAGGCAAGGCUAAGGCCAGCUAUAGCAAAAGGAAAAGAUCACAGCCUACCACUAAGAUAAUGGAUAGGCCCUUGACUGAGAAGCACCUUACUGAUAAGGAGAAGACUGAUCAAGCUAUGCCUUCCUCCGACUCAGUUAAGUUUGCCAACUUCUUUUGUGAAUUGAGGCUUUUGCAAUUUCUAGAAAAUUGGAACCUUCACAUGGAGAGAAAGCUAAGAAUACCACUGAUGAGUGGAUAUUUUAUACGCUUUUUGGCAUCAAUUUCAUAUAGUUUUAGUUAUGAUUUGUUUAAGUUCUAUUAUAUUUUCAUAGGUGAAAAAUUCAUGUUUUUAGAUUCUACUUUAAGUUUAUGUUUUCAUAUGAUUUCAGGUAAUUUCUGGCUAAAAUCAAAGAGUUUUGGCGAAGUCCGAUUCAGAGGCAAGGAAAGCAUAGCAGAUGCUUUCAGAUUCUGACCUCAGUGCACUCAAACAAGCAUUUCUAGAGCUACAGAAGGUUAAAUGACGUGUUCACAAUGAAGUUGGAAAGCUAACUUCCAGAGCUUUCCAGCAAUAUAUAAUAGUUUAUACUUUUCUUCGAAAGAGAAUGCCCAUUCUGGGCAUUGAAUGCAAAGAAGCUACCCCCUGGCUGGCGUUCAACGCCCCAAGGAGACAAGCCAGCGUUGAAAGCCUAAGAACCACCCCCUUUGUGGCGUUCAAUGCCCACCAAGAAGCAAGGCAGCACCAAUCAUCCCCUAAUGGGCGUUCAAUGCCCAUUGCUCAAGAUGGACGCUAAGCUCAGCCCAAGCACUCAACCUAAGUGGGCCUAAGGAUGGAUUUCGCACCACCAGUCUAUUCUAUCAUAUUUUUGUACUUCUUAGUUAUUAGAUUAGUAUAUAUAGGAGAAGAUCAACCAUGUUUAGGAUCUUCUGCCUCAUCUUUACCCAUUCGAACCUUUCAUUAUUUUAUGUACAGUAUGAGCAACUAAACCUCCUAGGUUAAGGUUAGAAGCUUUGCUGAUUCUUAUGGAUUAA